UUGCUGCUUGAUUACCGGGCAGGGAACUAACCCAGCCACUGAGGGGUUAAUUCUCAGUGCCAGUCAGGAAGUGUGACGAAAACUAACUUGGACACUCCCACUGUCUGAGGCAGAAUCAGUUUCUGUUUCCUGAGAAGUGAACACAUGCUGUGAGGAAGCCAGAUCAGAGAACAACUCAUGAAGAACGACUUCAGGACAAACUGGAAUAACCUUGUGUUUGGGAUUUUCCUUUUAGUUGCAGGCUGUAAUGUAUUUUUAGUUCUCUUUUUGGACAUUGCUGAAACUCCUGAAGCUGUUUGAGCAGUUUGUCAUGAAACGCUGGAAGGAUCUGAGCAACUAUGCACAAGUUCAUUGUUAGAAAAUAAUCAGUCCUGAAGGCAUUAAUCAUUUUAUAGACUUAAAUACAGCUCUCGUUCUCCUGGACUCUCAUUUCACUCGCUGAGAAGACGACACUCUGUGACACCCUGGACAUUGAACUGUUUAACUCUUACUGGAUAAAAGAGAUCAUCUACAAUCCUAUAGAAGGGCAGCGUCAGCCGUGAUACACUGCCACUGUAACAGUGACGGAUAAGGGCCUUACUCAAGAGCCCCACAGUAGUAGUCUGACAGAGCCAUAGCUUGAACCCUCAACCUUCUGGUCAGUAACCCAGAGCUGUAACUGUCAUAAUGUACUAAGAACAUGUAAAGUGUUUUUAUACUGAAUGACAAAUUAAAGCUCAUAUUAUCAACAUCUCUAAAGCCAUAAUGCUCAUCCUUACUCCUGUGUCUCACCGGAAAAAUGCAGUCUAACAUUCCACACAAGAUCUUAUUAGAAGAUCCUACUAUGAAGAAACCAAAGACAUUAAAUGAACUGAAGCAGCUGGAGGAGUCUGGAUUUGGUCAACCUUAUCCAAGACAUGGCCUCAAGCUGCUUUACUGGUUUGCUAAUGACUGUGUGUAUUUUGAUGGCUACAAUAACAUGUGCUGGCAGUACGACCCAGAGGACGGAUAUUUUGAUUUCCACCUUUUCAGAAACAGAAUUGAGAGAAACGGUGAGAAACUCCUGCCUGAUGUGAACCUUCAAUACUACGAGGUGGGCAAUCUGAACAAAGCAGGAGCAGAUGACCUGCCAGAUUACGUUCUGGAAGAUUACAACCAAAACCCUGAUCACUGUGAGAGCAACAUGGAGCGGAUUAUAGUCAGCGUUGAUGAUGAGUGUAUUGAAAGAGUUUAUGUGACGGAACACACUGACCAGGCAGAUUUCAACAAGGAAGCCACUUACUGCAUCAGCAGGGGCCUCAUUAAGAUUAUCAGACAGCUGACUUUACAGGAGCUCCUCGAACAAACUGGGUAUUUCAGACAGCAAGAGGAAUCUGAUCAGGAUACUAAGUAUUUAGUCAACCAGCGAGAGGACACUUUUUGGAAUGAUAGGAGAUCAGGACUGGUAGCGGAAGAAGAUAAUGACAGUUUUAGAAAUAAUACUGUAUCUGAAAACUGCUGCAAAUGUGUCAUACUUUAAACUCUGGGUAUAAAUGAGAAACUGACACAAAAUGUACAGGAAUUUAAAUAACUUGCACUGAUUUCCAUUCAUCCCUUGUUCUAACUGUAACCCUUCAUAUAAGUUGGACAUACAUGCUGUAACACAAGGCCAGGUCCUUGAAAGCUUUAUGAAGGAUGUUUAGACGAUUGGCAAACAGCUAAACAAGGAGACUCAUCUGAGUAACGAGUGUUCAGGACUAGAAGAAAACUGGCCCCCUGGUGGUCCUGCUGCAGAAUCCUGCUGCUGCUUGAUUACUAACCCAGGGAUCUAAGCCAGUCACUGAGGGGUUAAUUCUCAGUGCCAGUAAGAAAGGGCAUCUGGCAUGACAAACCAGAUGAUCUAUAUAAAGGGACACACAAAAUCCAGGUCCUUGAUCAGAGAAACAUACCAAAACUCAUAAAGAACGACUUCAGGAAAUACUGGAAUAACCUUGUGUUUGGGAUUUUCCUUUUAGUUGCAGGCUGUAAGGUAUUUUUAGGUCUCUUUUUGUAAAUUGCUGAAACUUCUGAAGCUGUUGGAGCAGUUUGUCAUGAAAUGCUCAGAAGUUUUUAAGUUUUACACUCUGCCUUACACCCUGGACAUCGAACUGUUUAGAUUUUACUCUUUAAAAGAAAUCAUUUACAAUUCUAUAAAAAGUAAUAAAUAAAAAGUUUUAUUAAAGAUUACUAAUCAGUAUUAAUAAUGAAUAGCACUUUGCUUUAAUAUAGUUAAUCAUACAGUAAGUGAGCUCUGGUCUCAGAAAGAGACAUUUACAUGUAGAUUUAUUUUUAUACUCUACAGGCUCUUUAUUUUUAUACUCUACAGUAUUUUAUACUCUACUCUCUUUGAAUAAAACAAUCAAUAAAAAU